AUGGGUGCAAGAGCGAUAGAAAAUCUUGGGGUCAAUGCUGGAGCUGCAGCAGAACCCAGGGUGGAAGCUAGACCUGCUGAGGAUCCUAGAAUGGAAGCUGUUAUGAGGACCCUAGAACAGAUCGGAAAUCUGUAUACUAGUUGGACCACCGCUCCAAAAGAAGUAAAGGAAUUGUGGUGGAAUGAGUUCAAGCGAAAGUUCAGGUGGGAUGAAGCGGAAGAGAAAGAAGUUAGAAGAAUUUUUAAGAAGAAAGCCGAUGAUCACAUGCGAAAUGUGAUGAAUAGAGCAAAGAGAAGUCAAGAAAAGUCGGAUUUUAUUACAGCUGACAAUUGGACGGAAAUUAAGAGAACUUGGGACACCGAAAAGCAUAAGCAAAUCAGUGAACAAAAUAAGAAAAAUCGAGCUUCUAGUUCUAGUGAAGGGUCUGCCACAUAUGCUGGGGGAUCUAUCAACAUCAGGGAGCAUAGAAAAAGAAUGGACAAAUAUGAUGAACUUGUAAUGAGCACUGCUGCUAGUGGUGGUGAUGGUGUUGCUGCGUCCGAGCCAUCGGUUGACAGUAUAGCAUUAUGGAUGGAGGCAUCGGGUGGAAUGAGAAGAGGUCAAAUAUUUGGGAUGGGAUCCUUGUCAAGGAUAUACACAACGCAGGCUGCUGUAACUUCAUCCUCCAAUGCGGCUUUUUUAAGGAGGACACAACACGAGGAGCAAAUGACCCAAGAAUUGAGCCAACUAAAACAUUUACUUUUACAGAAGGACGAAGAAAUAAGAGGAAUGAAACAACAUUUGCAAUUGAUCCUGCGACACCUCAACCUCGAUCACGAUGACGUUCCUCCUGUACCUCCCACUAAUCCAGUAGGUGAUGGGCACAAUGAUGAGCGACACAAUGAUAAUGAGAUUGCUGAUGAUGAUGAUCAUUUUGUCGGUCCUUGCUAGUUAAAAUUUCCAAACUCGAGGGUAAGCUUGCUUCAGCAUUAUCUAUUUAUAGGACAAGUUAU